AUGGGCGUAGACAUCGCUGAAGCCAUAUACACUCAAAUCCUAGGAAGUGACACUCCUAUUCCAGCAGAGACCGAAAUUCGGGAAAACAACUCGGAAUUUAAACAAUGGACUAACCUCUUUCCUACUCUGAAGAAAGGACAAGUCACCUUUCCAACCUACACACCGAAAAUCUACAUUUUUACGAAGAAUAAUGCGUCAAUAUUUGAUAUCAGUUCGCUAGAAAAUAUUUCACUGAAUGAAACUAUUUCAACCACGUAUGUCAUAACUGGCAAUGAUUUCAUUGGAGCUGUUCCACGUCAUACUAAAGGUAAAUGGACUCACCUGGAAAUUGUGUUCACGGACGAAGAGAAACAGCAUCACUAUGCAACUGAAGGGAUUGGCUGGAAAGGUUCCGAUAGCAACAAAAAAAUUAUUUCUGAACGUAUAAGGAAAGCUUUCGACGACGUUGGCUAUAUUAAAUCAAUUAAAUCAUUAGUUUAUAAGAAUACACCAUUUUGCACUAAUCAGUGGAUCAUAUUAUUUGAUAAAACCGAGGAUCCAAAUUUAGAACAAAGAAUCCCUAGACACACUAGCACCUGGGGGCCAAAAGCCAUUACAGAAUGA